GCACAGGACGUCAGCACGGGUGGUCGGCCUGUUCGUGACGUUAACAAAUCGCGCGCGAAGUUUGCGAUAAUAUUGUACUGUGGAUACAUAAUCGGAUUAAGCUUCGGCUGCUAGCGGAAUAGUAAUGUCUAUGGGCUUCGAUUAUUACUUAAUAGGAGAACGUGACCUCUACUCGUUGAUUUCAAUAAAAACAUUAGGGUUGCUACGCGGAAUCCUCCUAUGCAUCGAAAUACAUUUAUAAUCUUAGAACACAUACCUAUACGCUCUGCAUCCUUGGGUCACGUAAUAAUUUCGAAUUAAAUUUAUUAUAAACAAACGCGACUCGAUUCUGAAUUCAAAUAAACAAUCGAAGAAUAUUUAAAAAAAUUAAAAAUAAUUCUGACAAUUAAAAGACAGAGUGAAUUUGAACAAUAAAAAGUGCUGUGAAUCAAAAUUCGAUAUUAUAGUGAUAAGAAAUGUUCGAUUCUUCUUAAAUCGAGAACAUAGAAUAUCGAACAUGUGGAAUCCGAAUAUGGAUAACAGGCAAAUGGAAAAGCGCGUUGUGGUCGGUAGAGUCCGACCGACCUGGGCCAGGAACCUUCCGGAUGCUAGAGAUGAGGACGAGAGGAGUGACCAGGAAGGCGUGAUGCCUCACAGCGAACCUCCCUCGCCUACUGAACAGUGGGAGCAGCAAGCCAAACAGGAAGAUAAAUAUGAUGUUUUUGGGAAGGUUAUGCUGCUCGGUGACAGUGGAGUUGGAAAGACGUGCAUGUUAGUACGUUUCCGGGAUGGCACGUUUCUCGCAGGAAACUACAUAUCGACCGUCGGCAUCGACUUCCGGAACAAGGUAGUCACAGUUGACGGAAUCAAGGUGAAGUUGCAGAUUUGGGACACCGCCGGCCAAGAGCGCUUUCGUAGCGUCACGCAUGCUUAUUACAGGGACGCACAUGCGUUGCUGCUGCUCUAUGAUGUGACAAACAAGACGAGUUUCGACAACAUUCGAGCGUGGCUCGGAGAGAUUCGGGAGUACGCACAGGACGACGUGGUCAUAAUGCUAUUAGGUAACAAAUCCGAUAGCGGCCUAGAGAGGGCGGUGAAGCGGGAGGAGGGGCAGCGCUUGGCGAGAGAGUACCAAGUCGCCUUUAUGGAGACAUCAGCCAAAACCGGACUGAAUGUCGAAGCUGCCUUCGCCCACGUGGCGCGAUCGCUCGUCGCCAAAGCGAACCCCGUCGAUCCGUCGAGGCUGGCGGUGCGCGCGCAGCCAUCACAAGAACAACGGUCAUCGUGUCCGCCAUGUACAUAAGUUUAUUCUAGAAAAAAACUUGAGAGGUGUCAAGGGACACCCGGAUGGAACGAAGUUCCUUUCGAUUAACUAGUGAAGGAAUUGUAUUUUUUUUUUUUUUUUAAGUUAUAAUAUAUAUUUUUUUAUUAUAUAUAGGAUUCAUUAUUGUUAUUAUUUUAUUACUAUUUAUUAUGUACAAAAAACCUGUAUACACUCAACAAAAAUAAUCGUCGCGACACCACACUGUUUAAUGCGAAAUAGAAAGACGAAACGAAAAUAACUGGCUUGCUUUCUAUGAGAGAGAGAGAGAGAGAGAUAGGCAGAGAAACACGCGCACGCCGCACAGCUUACAACUAUAGCAAAAAGUGUCGUUACAACUUUUGGUCUUAAUUUUUUCCGUCUUGACCCCUUUCGCAACGCGCGAUAAGGAACUUCGUUCCAAAAUAUGCAUAGCCCGUAUUCUAACACCCAGUUGCGAGCUUAAGGUCGGAAGGACCGAUGUACCUAAUGUAUUUCAAUGCCGUUGACGGUAAACGUCGUCUCAUAUUGUAAAUGCAUGGCGUAUGUAUUAUUUAAAUGUCGUUAUAAUUGUUUAUAUCACGUUAUUUGGCUAUAGAACCAUGAAUUUUUGAUUUACUUUUAAAUAAAAUAAAAAGUCGUUUUUAUUCUUUUCAAUUUUUUAUUUCAUUUUCGAAAUUAAUAUUCGCUGUAAAAAUCGGCCUCUUUUGUAACGCACAAAUCAAUGUUUAAUAAGUUUAAUAGAAAUAUAUUGAGAAUUUUCGUAAUAAUUGAGUAUAUUCGCUUAAUAAUUUGUAAACUUCUUUUCUUUGUAAUUAUUCUACUUUAGGCGCAAUGAAUACAAUUCAAUGAGUUAAAAUGUAUCAGAAUAAUCUAUAAUAAUAUGAUGUAUACAUACUUACCUAUUUGAAAUACAUCUACUUUAUGUAUAUAGUGUGUGGGAUCAUUGUGAAAUAAAUUUUAAAAUGUGUAAUCUAAGCUUUGUGAUACCAAACUUGAGAAUCCCUUUUCGAUUAAUGUCGAUAUCAUAUAUAAAGUACCUUAAUGAUAAUAAUACUACAGUUAUUUGAUAACAAAAUAUUUAUAUUCCAAGUAUGUUGAUUAUCAAUUAGUUUUAUGAUCCAUGCUAUCCUUUGCCUCGUCUGGAUAGGCAAAAGGAACAGACCAACCAUAAUCAUAAAAUAAAAGGUUUUAUUUUAGACGAUUAACGACAGGAAACUGUUUUAAAUUCUCAAAAGACAACAAAUAUUCUACUUAAGCAUUUGCUUCAUAUAAAAUAUAAAGAGCUCAAAAAACAACAAUCUAGAAUAUUCUUGAUGUUUUUAAAAUCCUAUCCCGUAAGUUAAAACUAUGUAAUCUGGUUAAUAAAUAAAAUAUUAAUGUUACUUGAAAAAUUAAAAAAAAGUGUAAGAAUGUUUUUAUAAGUAAACCAUAAAAUAAACUGUACGUAUUUUUAAUGACGCUGAUUGUUGCUUGUGUAAAAAUAAACCAUAAUAUCAAUAAAGAAAAGCAGAUAAAACAAAUUAAAAAAGGUGA